AUGCCGCCUCGCAAGAAAUUGCAGGCUUCUGCGACUGCCCAGGGCCGGCGCCUCUCGGAGGCUACGGCUGCCUCAGCGACCGAUCCCUCGAAGAGAAAACGCUCCUCCAUCGCCAAAGAAUCCCAUCACCCGGCCGAGUUCAACGAAGCCGCCGAGCCGCCGGUCAAGUCUGAUUACAGGGAAAGAGAUCCGUUUGAUGCGCUCCUAGAGCCUUUUUACUACAACAAAUCGCUUACAGACCCAAUCGAUACUGCAAAGGACAAAUGGAACUUGCUCCCCGCUUUUCUGAAGGUGAAGGGUUUGGUCAAGCAACACAUCGACUCAUACAACUACUUUGUUGAGGUACAACUGAAGAAGAUCGUUGAAUCAAGCGCUAUAAUUCGCAGCGAUGUCGACCAUCAAUUCUAUAUCAAGUUUACGGACAUCUACGUUGGUUCGCCUCGCCGUGCAGACGAGAUGCAGGACGCCGGGGUUGAAUUUGAGUCAGAUGUGACUCCGCAGGAGUGCCGACUUAGAGAUACUACCUACGCGGCCCCCAUCCUCAUCGAUUUCGAAUAUGUGAGAGGCAGGAAGAGGGUUCAUCGAAAAGGUGUGUCGAUUGGUCGAAUGCCCGUGAUGCUUCGCAGCUCCAAAUGUGUUCUGGCAAACAAGACCCCGGCGCAGAUGACGGUCCUUAAUGAAUGUCCACUGGAUCCUGGUGGUUAUUUCAUUGUGAAUGGAACAGAGAAGGUGAUUCUUGUUCAGGAGCAACUGAGCAAGAAUCGUAUCAUUGUGGAAACCGAUCCAAAGAAAGAGAUCGUGCAGGCUUCAGUUACCAGUUCUUCUAACGAGAGAAAAUCAAAGAGUUACAUUGUUCUCAAGAAGGACCGACUCGUCGUGAAGCAUAACGUGCUCAGCGAGGAUAUUCCAAUUGUUGUUCUGCUCAAAGCCAUGGGAAUCCACACCGAUAAGGAAAUGUUGCAGCUUGUAGCUGGCUCUGAUAGUCUCUAUCAGGAUGAUUUCGCAAUCAACUUCGAAGAGGCUAUUAACUUAGGCAUUUUUACGCAGCAGCAGGCGCUGGAGUGGAUUGGCUCCCGUAUCAAAAUCAACCGCAAGCAGGGAGCGUAUCGCAGGACCCAUGUCCAAGAAGCCGUGGAAGCCAUCGCAUCCGUCAUUAUCUCCCACAUUGAAGUCAAGAACAUGGACUUCCGGCCAAAGGCUAUCUACGUCGCUCACAUGGCCCGUCGUGUUCUGAUGGCCAAGAACGAUCCGUCGAUGGUGGACGACCGUGAUUAUCUCGGAAACAAGCGGCUGGAAUUGGCCGGUCAGCUCUUGGCUUUGUUAUUCGAAGAUCUGUUCAAAAAAUUUUGCUUUGAUAUCAAAAUGAACAUCGACAAGGUCUUGAAUAAGCGCAAUCGCGCCGAACAAUUCGAUGCGUGGAGUGUGAUGAGUAUGCAUGGUAACCACAUCACCCAGGGAAUGAAUCGUGCCAUUUCAACUGGAAACUGGAGCUUGAAGCGUUUCCGCAUGGAGCGCGCUGGUGUGACUCACGUGCUGAGCAGACUGAGUUACAUUGCUGCACUCGGCAUGAUGACUCGUAUUAGCAGUCAGUUUGAAAAGACUCGAAAGGUCAGUGGCCCGCGUGCACUGCAGCCAUCCCAGUUUGGUAUGCUGUGUCCGGCGGAUACCCCCGAAGGAGAGGCUUGUGGUCUGGUCAAGAACUUGGCCCUCAUGACCCACAUUACGACCAACGACGAAGAAGGUCCAGUGCGCAACUUGAUCUUCAUGUUAGGCGCAGAAGACAUCUCCACUGUCAGCGGACUCGAGCUUUACGCACCUGGGACCUACACAAUUUCAAUCAACGGUACACCAACUGCCAUGACUAGACGUCCCAAAUACUUCCUCAAUUCCUUCCGCAGGCUCCGCCGCAUGGGUCGUAUCUCUGAGUUCGUCAGUAUCUACAUCAAUCACCACCAGCGGUCAGUCCAUAUCGCCACAGAUGAUGGCCGUAUCUGUCGGCCCCUCAUAAUCGUGGAAGAUGGCAAAUCACGGUGUCGCCAGCAUCAUUUGAAGAAGCUGAGGGAUGGUACUAUGGCUUUCGACGAUUUCCUUGCUCAGGGUCUUGUCGAAUAUCUUGACGUGAACGAGGAAAAUGAUUCCUACAUCUCAAUUUACGAGAAAGACAUCAAUGAUGCCACGACCCAUUUGGAGAUCGAACCCUUCACUGUGCUAGGUGCUGUUGCCGGCCUCAUUCCUUAUCCCCACCACAACCAAUCGCCUCGUAAUACCUACCAAUGUGCCAUGGGUAAACAAGCUAUUGGUGCUAUUGCUUCAAAUCAGUUCCAGCGAAUUGAUUCCAUUCUUUAUCUCAUGGUGUAUCCGCAGAAGCCAAUGGUCAAAUCGCGGACAAUCGAAUUGACCAAAUACGACCAGCUUCCCGCCGGACAGAAUGCCACUGUUGCUGUUAUGAGUUACUCUGGAUAUGAUAUUGAGGAUGCUCUGGUUUUGAACAAGGGCUCGGUCGACCGCGGAUUCGGACGUUGCCAGGUCUUCCGCAAAUAUGUCACGAACCUAAAGAGUUAUCCUAGUGGAUUGAAGGAUGAUCUGGUUGGCCCAGAGUACGAGAACGACGCACCAAUUCUCAAACACGCACUGCUUGAGGCUGAUGGUUUGGCCGCAGUGGGUGAGCAGGUCAAAUCAGGCGAGGUGUACAUCAACAAGAGGGUGCCUGAUCAAGCUCACACGAUGGGCCUUAUGGGAUCCGACUCGGGCAAACCUGUCUCUUGGAACCCUGCACCAAUGGCCUACAAGCUCCCUGACCCCGCAUAUAUCGACAAGGUGAUGCUAUCUGCUACAGAAGGCGAGACGCGGCUCAUCAAGAUCUUGACGCGCCAAACCCGUCGCCCUGAGGUUGGAGAUAAGUUCUCAUCUCGCCACGGACAGAAGGGUGUUACUGGAAUCAUCGUCGACCAGGCUGAUAUGCCGUUCACCGACCAAGGCAUCAAUCCCGAUAUCAUCAUGAACCCUCACGGUUUCCCGUCUCGAAUGACAGUCGGUAAGAUGUUGGAGCUGGUUUCGGGCAAAGCAGGUGUUUUGUCUGGACAGCACGGCUACGGCACUUGCUUCGGUGGUAGCCCCGUUCAAGAAAUGUCACAGAUUUUGAUUGAUCAUGGCUUCAGCUACGGUGGUAAAGACAUGCUCACGUCUGGUAUUACUGGCGAGCCACUCCCAUUCUAUGUGUUCACUGGUCCAAUUUAUUACCAGAAACUCAAGCACAUGGUUCAAGACAAGAUGCAUUCUCGUGCCCGUGGUCCCACUGCUACUCUGACACGCCAGCCUACCGAAGGUCGUUCGCGUGACGGUGGUCUCCGUCUCGGUGAGAUGGAACGUGAUUGUUUGAUCGCCUACGGAACAAGCCAACUGCUGUUAGAACGUCUCAUGAUCUCCUCUGACAGACACGAAGUGGACAUUUGCGAGAAGUGUGGCUUCAUGGGCUAUCUGAACUGGUGUCCCGGCUGCAAGUCGUCUCGGUCCGUCGUCAAGAUGGUCAUGCCUUAUGCUGCCAAGCUUCUUAUCCAGGAAUUGAUGAGUAUGAAUGUCGCUCCUCGACUGAAGCUGGAGGACGAGUUCCCUGAGAUGAAAGGCCGCUAG